CUGUCAUUCUUUUUAUAAUGUUGCUACUAAAGAAGAAAGAAAACAAAUGAACAAUAAAAGAAACAAAAGAACUAUAAAGGAGCUUAAAUAAAGAUUCUCUACCAGCCCUACUCUCCCAUCUUGUAUAGGAGACAUUCACGAUUGUCAUGAUUCAGUUAAAAGUUAUUUGAUCAUCAAUGGAAUUAUGUUUAAGUAUUGUUUUUUCUAUGUAGAUCGUUCAAAUUGUCACAGUGGGCACCUAAAAGCGUCACAAAUGUCAUUUGUCUGUUGAUAAUAACAAUCUCAUGUAGUACUAUUAGUAAAGGAGAUUGUCAAAAUAUGCUUUAUCGCCCCUUCACUUGUCGGCGCGGUUUGCCUCUGUUUGCUCUACCAGGUCCGGUGCUUCACGGGACAGCGACCACAAAUUGAGACAAUAAUUCACAAUAAAUCCUACUAAUUCCUAAAUCUCUUAAUACGAUAACUGUGCCCUUGUAUCAACAUAUGCUGUGUUUACACUUGAGCGUCAACCUAGGUUCAGUUUGUGGUUAACUGAACCCCGGUUAGGAGAAAUGCGUUUACACUUGAAAACUUAACCUCGGUUGAUCAUUCAGCUGGAACAGCGCCGGUGUUGUCAAUUUGAAUUCUGAGGUCAAAUUGCUGCUGCGAUUAUUGUGAUUUUUCUGGCCGUUCUUGUUAUUCUGUGGUGGCUUCUGCUUGAGAUUCACUAUAAUUCAAGAUGAUCUUUUAGCACCUUGCCUGAUGUUUUCUCUUAUGUUUGUCGUUUUCGUUGAGUUUUUUUUUGUGCUAGUACGUUAGGGAUUCGCAGUCCCUUGACUUCAAAACAAGUUUGUUGUAAAGUAUUGUGUAAAAUGUCCAGCAAAAUGCGCAAAUCUAGAAAACAUGUGGUAAUCUCAUGACUAUUGAGUAAACACUAUUUGAGAAAUGACUGACAUCGGAAAGCGAUAGCUGACAAGAACUGUCAACAGAUUUGCCUGUAACCUCGGUUGAGUAAGCUCAACCAUGCCUCCUGGAAUGGUUGAGCUCAACCGAACCUAGGUUUCGGAUCCUUUGUAAUUGCCGGCACAUAAGUGGCUAUUUCGAGCGUGUUCACACACACUUCAAAUCUAACCUAGGUUGGGUAAAUUACUCAACCUUUACUCAAGUGUAAACACAGCAUUAGUAAGGAAAAGCUCAACAGCUUACAUCCUAUUAGACCAUCACUGAAUUUAUCUGUCGUGCUGGCUAAAUUACGAACAAGGUCCUUGAGUUGGUAGCUUAAAUGGGUGGGCUAGCCAUAGACCCCACAGCAAGCGAGAAUUCGCUUCAUUGUCAUGCAUUCUGCAAGGGUUUUAGACCGUGGGAAGAUUUCGCUGCCUAUUGUUCAAGUCGUGGCAUGGCAGCGUGCGCAAGUGUUGGUCGUAAGCCUUGAACAAAGCGUACACGGUUGUUGAUAAGAAUCCCUGCCGUGCACAAGAACUGUUUUAGACACGUGCCUUAGCGCACUCUAGUCAGCCGAAAUAUAACGGAAUCCAACCGUUAUGUAUCCCAAGUGUCAUAUAAUCCAUGCGUUAUUCAUUCUCCAACGAUAAAUUCCUUCGCACCGCCGUGGGUCAAUAACUCUUAGCACAAUAACCACACAAGCCGAUUUUAAUACACUUUACAUUUUGAUUUGCGCGAAAACAAAAAGCUUAGUAUUAAGGCCUAUAGGCACGCAUUGACAUUAAAAUGGCCUACUAUUCAUAUGCGCGCGAUAGUUUACAUUGUAUAACGCGCUCAUUCAACUUUAACCAAUCAACAGCCGGGAUCUCGAGUGAAUAUUGACUAUGCCGGUUACUUGUAAUUUUUAAUAACCUGCCAUAUUAAUUGAGGCGACAAGAAACGGUUUACUUAUACAAGAUAAAAGUAACUGCACCCCCCACAUUGCGAGUGAACAACCAACGGACGUAGCUCCCUGGAGAAGCGGAAAAAUGGCGCAGGAAAAACACAGACAUUUGGAUGAGUGCUGUGUGGGUAGCUUUCCCAAAGUCAAGAGACGAAGGAUUAUGAAGCCGAUCACCGAGCGACUGCGAAGAGAAAGAAUUAACAGCAGUCUAAAGGAGCUGAAGUUUUUAGUUCUUAGCGCUCUGGGCCAAGACGUUUCACGAUACUCUCGCAUGGAAAAGGCCGACAUCCUUGAGAUGACCGUCAGUUACAUUCGCAAAAUGCAGAGGAAAAGCAAUGGCCAAGAUGUCACAGACUUCUUUCUCCCUCUUCGCUGCCGGAGCCUGGUACAAAGCUCAAGACCAGAGCCGCACGAAGGCACCACGACUUCGCAUCACGCAACCGAUGCACACGUACCGACUCGCCACAGUACCCUAAAGUCCCCUAACAACGAUGACGUCACAACUCAGUGCAGUCCCGCACGCACGGGACCCUCCUCACCAUCGGCCAUCUGUUCGUUGGAAACCAAGCAAAACUUUUCUCCCCAGAGAUCCACAGCAGAGGCUUCUCAACCCAUGGUUAGUAUAGGGACCCAUUGUCCUCCAUCUAAUAGUAUAGUCCGCAUCCCUGACUUGUCAGGCUCGCCUUUGGCAACGAUCAGCGAAAAUUCCACGACAGAGUGGAAUGCGAAAAGUUUGUCGCCCCUGAAGAAGAGGCUGCCGGGAAUGGAGUGUUUUAUACGCGGUAGAAUGACCUUGAGUGAAGACAAGGAGAACUUUGAUCAGAGCCAACGACCCUCGGAUGUGGCACUACCGCCGCGAUAUCGACUUUUCUCUCCUGUGUGGAGACCUUGGCAUUAAAUAUAGGAUAGUAACGAGGCAUUCGGGAUCGGUGAUCAAAUUAAUACUGCUGGACGUGAUCAUAUUCAUAAUAUAAGAUCUCUCGGUAAUUUUCUGAGGGUAUGGGACACAUGAGGGCGAGGGGAGGUUCUGCCCAUGCCGAGAUCUGAGAGAUCUGAACGAAAGGGAUCGGUUCGUCGUAUUUUUUUAGCUUCAGGUAUUUUCUGGGAGUCUGCGAGAAAGAUUUUCUAUUACAAAUGGAUUUUUAGGGGUUUGUAGAAAGAGGCGCUACAAUAAAUACUUCCGACUCCAUCUUCAAGUCAUCACAUCAAUUGUUCUAUAGUGUGUAAGGGGUUUUGAUCCCAGUAUUAUUUUAGCGUUGCAAUCUUGAUCACUUGAAAAUAAUGUAUUCCCCUUAUUACUUACGGUUAGAGGACAAUAUUUAAAAUAAAAAGAGAUUUUUUUUACUA